AAAAUAAAUGAAUAUGAAUAAGACAAGCACUCGCUCCCCCUCUCUCUAUCUCUCUCUCCUCUUGUUUCGUCUCCUCUGGUCUCUCUCAUUCUCGUCUCGCUGUUGAUCCGUCUCUAAAAUGAUCGCAGACGCACAUCAGAUGUUGAGGAUUCAUGUAGGCUAUCUGGAGGCUGCAGCUGAACACGACGAUGUCAUUUAGAUGUAAAUAGGUUGCCCCGGUGGACAGAGACGACACGGAAAGCUAGCUUACCCGAGCUUCCUGAAGCUUUAGUUAUUGUUCCGAUAAACAAAUCAUCAUGGAUUUGUCAUUUAUGGCCGCGCAGAUCCCUGUGAUGACAGGAGCCUUCAUGGACUCAUCACCUCACGAUGACUACAGCACGGAUCACUCUCUCUUCAACUCCUCUGCUAGCGUCCACGCCGCCGCUCUGGCAGCUCACAACCAACAGGAGGAGCAGCAGCCCAUGUCCCGAGACGCCAUCUGGCUGUGGAUCGCCAUCACCGCCACCAUCGGGAACAUCAUAGUGGUGGGCGUCGUCUACGCCUUCACGUUCUGACCUCUGGAAUGAAACCAGCGGAACUCUGGAGACAUAUUCGGCUUUGAGUCCCCCAAAUAUAGGGCCCCUCAUCGGACGAACGGUGUCUGAAAAAAAAAUCUACACAGUUUUUGUUGUUUAUUUGUUUUGUUUUUACAUAGAACGGUUCCAGAAAUUAUUUUUGAUUCAUUGUAAUUUUCAUGUUGAAAACUUUUUAACUAGAUUGUUUAUUGCUAAACAAGUGUAACGUGAGGAAAAAUCACAGAUUUCAUUUUUUUUUUUUUUUUUUUGGUCUGUGUGACUAAUACUGCCAGUCUUUUGCCAAAUAAUUUGUACGUUUUUGCUUUUAGUAUGUAAUGACAAAUGUUGUUAUUAAGCUUUAAAUGUCUAGAGGGCAAAACACUGCUCUCUGAAAGUCAUCCAACAACCUUUUUAAAGCAGCGAUUAGAGAGUUGAAAUGAAUCCCAAACCCAUUUUGGAAAGGUAACCAUAAAAUAAUGUUAAUACAGGAAGUGCAGUAUGUAAGUGGCCAGAACAGGAAACUAAACCCCUUUUUUUAUAAAAGAAUUUUUUUUUUUUUUUUGUCUUUUUAUUUCGCCCCAGCAUAUAACAAUUUGGAGACAAUCACUUCUCUUAAUUCUUUGCAUGGUAAAACCACCACUUUAGUUGAUGAAAGGUUCAGUUUAACAUUUAAGAAAUGCACCACACAAUGAUUUUAAUUAAAACCUGCAUACCAGUGAAUGAUUUCAUACCAAUAAAUCAUUUCUUCCCCUUAGUUGAGGGUGACAGGUCCAGUUUGUAUUUAGUAGAGGUCAAAGCUUUGCUUUUAAUGAGCUCAGCAUAAAAGGUGGGGUUGCUAUGGUGACUGUCUCAUGCUGUCUGGGAGAAAGUGGCUGCGACUUCUUAUCCCACCAACUCUCCAAACAAACACACAUUUGAAGAGAUUUAUGUCAUUAUUUCUUCUUCUUCUUCUUUUUAAUUGUGUCUUUUUUGGAGUAUCCCAAAGCCUUAAUCCACAAAUGAAGCAUAUGACUAGACCAACAAUUUUACUUAAAAGAAAUUAAUUAACCACUCCAGGUUUGCUUAUGCAGGUUAGUACUGGUCUGGCUAGGUGACCAACAUGAUAUUUCUAGAGAAGCUAGUUAAGGUUCUCCCAAAAAUUAAAUAUGGCUGAAAAUCUACUCACCCUCAGGCCAUCCAAAAUGUAGAUGAGUUUGUAACUUCAUCAGAACAUAUUUUAGAAAUGUAGCAAUACAUCACUUGCUCACCAAUGGUUC